AUGCAGGAGUUUGUAGCAGAAAGUGCGGUUAUUCAACGAUUUCAAGCGAGUGAAGAAAGAAACUAUUUGAGCAAAAGGAACUGGUAUCGUCGACAAGCAUUAAAUGCUAUUGUACACUGUCGACAUGAUUUGGAUCCAAAUUGUUCCUGUGUACAAAAUUUCUCAGCAGACAAGAGUAGUCCAUUGACAAAGCAGCAAGCAAAAGUAGGGGUAGUAUCGCUUAUACGCAGUGAAAUGGAAAAGUGGAACCAGCAAGAUCGUGCCAAAUACUCUCUGCUGAGCAAUAUCAUUAAAUGCAAAGCAAACGAGCGAGAUUCUUACAUCAAUCAGUAUGAAAUAAAAUAUGGUCCGCUGCUGUCGGAAGAUAUACUUGACAUUGAUGAAUCUGUUGCUCAUUUGAGGAUUCCCACGACAAUAACGACAUCAAUCAGUUCGGCUUCAUCAUCAUGUAAAGUCAAAGUGCUCGAUAUAUGCCAGUUGGGUGAACCAUUUCGAACGAUCAAGAAAAUAGAAUAUAGUCCAUUCGUUAUGGCUGCAAAUGAUCAAUAUAUGUUAAUUCAAAAUGGUCAAAAUAUUUGUCUUAUCAAAGCAAAAAUGAAAAUAGUUCGAGAAAUUGAAUGGACUUAUGGAAGGAUUAGUGAUCUAUGCUGGAACACAAAACUUAAUCAAAUAUAUAUCGUUAGUGAUUCUAACGUAUUUACGAUGGAUCCACAAACUAUGGACUACCAAAAGAUACUCGAAGGAAAAUAUUAUGAGAGUUGCGCUUGUUCACGUAACACACUUUAUCUCACUAUCUACCCACCUCGAGAAGUGUUAGACAGAUUUAUACUUACUGACCAUUUGUAA